UGACAUAAAUUCAUUUAAAAAUGUUAAUUUUGACUUCGGUUUGACUAUUUGAAUUAAAUAUUCCAAACAUCAUUCGUCUGAUGUAAUGCUGCUCAAACUGCAGAAAUACCUUCCUUGAGAAUCCAGUCUCAUUCUCAAAUAUAAUCCGUAAAGGAAACAACCCCUUUCUCUCUCUCUCUCUCUCUGCAACUUGCUGGAAGAAAAAGAAGCUAAAGAAAGCCCGCUUGAUCACUACGCCACUAAAGCCAAAUGCCUGACGGUGAAGCUGACAUUUCCCCCGAUGAUAGUAGCAGCAUUUGCACUGUCAACAGAAUCGCUGGUGAUGAUGAUGGAGAUGAGUGCAACUCUAUGCCUCAACAACCUGAGAAGGAUCCAAGAAAAAUCGCUAGAAAAUAUCAGUUGGAAUUAUGCAAGAAGGCUCUGGAGGAGAAUAUAAUUGUGUAUCUAGGAACAGGUUGUGGCAAAACUCACAUUGCUGUUUUGCUUAUUUAUGAGUUGGGUCACUUGAUAAGGAAACCUUUGAAGAAUGUAUGUGUUUUUCUUGCGCCAACGGUUGCACUUGUUCAACAACAAGCCAGGGUUAUAGAACAAUCUAUUGAUUUCAAGGUUGGGGUUUAUUGUGGGAAUUCCAACCACUUGAAGAGCCAUCGUGAUUGGGAAAAAGAGAUAGAACAAAAUGAGGUUCUUGUCAUGACUCCACAGAUACUACUGCAUACCUUAGGUCACAGCUUCAUCAAGAUGGAGUUAAUUUCUCUUUUGAUUUUUGACGAAUGCCAUCAUGCUCAAGUCCAAAGUAGUCAUCCUUACGCCGAAAUCAUGAAAGUCUUCUACAAAACUGGCGAUGGAAAAUUUCCCCGUAUAUUUGGCAUGACUGCAUCUCCAGUUGUGGGGAAAGGUGCUUCUAAUCAAGCUAAUUUACCCAAAAGCAUCAAUAGUCUUGAAAAUUUACUUGACGCCAAGGUUUAUUCUGUUGAAGACAAUGAAGAGCUGGAACUGUUUGUAGCAUCUCCUGUAGUUAGGAUAUACUUAUAUGCUCCUGUUGCAAAUGAAAAAUCUAGCUCCUAUAUGACUUAUUUUAGUAAACUGGAAGAGAUAAAACGCAAGUGCCUUUUAGAACUUCACAAGAAGGCAGAUUCCUGUCAAAGUCUUCACGGUCUUCAAAAUGCCAAAAAGGUGUUUAUUAGAAUGCAUGAUAAUGUGGUAUUUUGCUUGGAAAAUCUUGGUUUUUGGGGAGCAUUACAAGCUUGUAAAAUUCUUUUAAGUGAUGAUCACUUUGAAUGGAAUGCACUAAUAGAAGCAGAAGGGAAUAUUGAUGCCUCAGUUUGUGAUAAAUAUCUAGCUCAAGCUGCAAAUAUGUUUGCUUCUGUUUGCACAAAAGAUUGUAUUGCAUUUGACCUAUCAAGUGUGGAGGUUUUGACCGAGCCAUUUUUCUCAAGAAAGCUUUUACGCCUUAUUGGAAUUCUUUCCACCUUCAGGUUACAACCAAAUAUGAAGGGUAUAGUUUUUGUAAAUAGGAUUGUCACUGCGAGAUCCCUUUCUUACGUGUUGCAAAAUCUCAAGUUUUUAAUAUCUUGGAAGUGUGAUUUUCUUGUUGGGGUCCACUCUGGACUAAAGAGCAUGUCUCGAAAAACCAUGAAUAGCAUCCUUGAGAAGUUCAAGACUGGAAAGUUGAAUUUAUUAAUUGCUACCAAAGUGGGUGAAGAGGGACUUGAUAUUCAGACAUGCUGUCUUGUUGUACGGUUUGAUCUGCCAGAAACUGUUGCUAGCUUUAUACAAUCAAGAGGUCGUGCACGCAUGCCACAAUCUGAAUAUGCAUUUUUGGUGGACAGCGGCAACCAGAAGGAGCUAGAUUUGAUAGAAAGGUUUAGAAGAGAUGAAGAUCGAAUGAAUAUGGAAAUAUCUUCCAGAACAUCUAAUGAGACAUUUGUUAGUAUUGAGGAAAAAGUGUAUAAAGUUGAUGAAUCUGGUGCUUGCAUCAGUUCUGCAUAUAGCAUAUCAUUACUCCAUCAUUAUUGCUCGAAACUUCCACAUGAUGAGUAUUUUGAUCCAAAGCCGCAAUUCUUCUUUUUUGAUGAUUUAGGGGGAACUAUUUGCCACAUUAUCUUGCCUGCAAAUGCUCCAGUGCACCAAAUUGUUGGUACACCACAAUCUUCUCGAGAAGCUGCUAAGAAAGAUGCUUGUCUGAAGGCCAUUGAACAAUUGCAUAAACUAGGCUCAUUGAGCAAUUUUCUUUUGCCACAUGAAAAAGAUGUCAAUGAGGAGUCAAUGUUAGCAUCAUCUGAACCAGAAAAUAAUGAAGGUGAGGGUGUCCGUGGCGAACUGCAUGAGAUGCUAGUUCCUGCUGUAUUUAAGGAAUCAUUGACCAGCUCUGAGAACUGGAUCAAUCUACAUUCUUAUUUUAUAAAAUUUUGUCCUGUGCCUGAGGACAGGAUCUAUAAAAAGUUUGGUCUUUUUAUUAGAGCACCUCUACCUCUAGAGGCGGAGCAAAUGGAACUUAAUCUUCACCUUGCCUGUGGUAGAUAUGUGACAACAAAGCUUGUCCCAUUAGGUUGUUUGGCAUUUCACAGGGACGAGAUCACGCAGGCAAUAUAUUUUCAAGAGAUGUUCUUGAAGGUCAUUCUUGACCGAUCAGACUUUGUUCCUGAAUUUGUUACCUUGGGGAAGAAUUCUUUUUUUGAAUCAAGCCCGAGUUUCUAUCUGUUGCUUCCAGUCCUUCUAUGUGAUCAUGGAAAUAGAGUGACAGUAGAUUGGGAGACUGUUGGAAGAUGCUUAUCGUCUCCUGUUUUUAGGUGUGUGGAAAAAGAAUGUCUUCCUUCAGAUGAUUGUUUGCAACUUGCUAAUGGUUGUAGAAGUAUAAGAGAUAUUGAGAAUAGUUUAGUGUACAUCCCCCACAAGAAACACUUCUACUUCAUUACUAACAUUGAUCGUGGAAAGAAUGCUCGUAGCCCACACAAAUGUUCGAGCACUUCAAGCUAUAUGGAGUUUCUAAUUCAAAGGUUUGGCAUCCAACUUAAAUAUCCUGAACAACCUCUUCUUCAAGCAAAACCACUAUUUUCUUUGCACAACUUGCUACACAACCGAAGGAAAGAAGAUUCUGCAGUGACACAAGAGCUGGACGAGUACCUCAUUGAUUUCCCUCCUGAACUUUGUGAGUUGAAGAUAAUAGGCUUUUCCAAGGAUAUUGGGAGUUCAAUUUCUCUAUUACCAUCAAUCAUGCAUCGCCUGGAAAACUUGCUUGUAGCCAUUGAAUUGAAGAGCUUAUUAUCUGCUUCUUUCUCUGAGGGAGCUGAAGUGACUGCAUAUAGAAUAUUAGAAGCACUCACUACAGAGAGGUGCCAGGAGCGUCUUUCUCUUGAAAGACUUGAAAUAUUGGGUGAUGCUUUUCUCAAAUUUGCAGUUGGUCGACACCUGUUUCUUUUGCAUGAUACACUUGAUGAAGGGGAGCUUACUAGAAAACGUUCUAAUGCUGUAAAUAAUUCCAAUUUGUUGAAGCUAGCAAGCAGAAGAAACUUGCAGGGCCAGAAUUCGGGGAGGAAGAUUGGCAGUGCUAGGAUGAUAGAUGGGCACUACCAUUUUGAAGUUGAAGUCUCCAAAGAUGAAAAACCUCAUGGACUAAGUAGUGUAUAUAUACGUGAUCAACCAUUUGAUCCUCGACAGUUCUUUGCUCUGGGUCAUCCUUGCCCUGUUAUUUGUACUAAGGAGUCAGAAGGAAGUAUUCAUUCUUCUAAUAGAAGUAAUGCGAAAGGUCAAGAAAAUACUAUUGAAGUCAGGUGCAGUAGGGGUCACCAUUGGUUGUAUAAAAAAACAAUUGCAGACGUCGUUGAGGCUCUUGUUGGAGCAUUUAUAGUUGAUAGUGGCUUUAGAGCUGCAACUGCAUUUCUUAAAUGGCUAGGCAUCAGAGUGAACAUUGAAGCUUCAGAUGUUACUAAAGUUUGCCUAGCAAGCCGCACUUUCAUGCCACUUGCUCCUUCAAUAGAUGUUUCUUCCCUUGAAGAUUCUUUGGACCAUCAAUUUGUCAAUAGAGGUCUGGUAUUACAGGCAUUUGUGCAUCCUUCCUACAACAAGCAUGGAGGAGGCUGCUAUCAGAGACUCGAGUUUCUUGGAGAUGCUGUCUUGGAUUACUUGAUCACAUCAUAUCUAUUUUCAGUUUAUCCCAAGUUGAAGCCUGGUCUUUUGACAGAUCUGAGAUCAGCACUGGUAAACAACAGAGCAUUCGCCAUCGUUGCAGUUGAUCGAUCUUUCAAUGAGUUUCUUAUAUGUGAUUCUGGCAAUCUUUCGGAGGCUAUAGAAACUUAUGUGAAUUUUGUUAAAAGACCUGCCGUAGAAAAGGAUUCUCUUGAAGGACCAAAAUGUCCAAAGGUUCUUGGUGACUUGGUGGAGUCUUGUAUAGGUGCCAUUUUUCUAGACACAGGAUUCGAUCUGAACUGUAUCUGGAAGUUAAUGCUAUCCUUCUUAGAUCCAAUAUUGAAUUCUUCCAAUGUGCUAUUGAAUCCUUUUCGAGAACUACAUGAGUUUUGUGAAUCUCAUAAGUGGAAGUUGCAAUUUCCAACACUAAAAAGGGACAUGAAUUUUUUAGUCGAAGCAAAAGUAACUGGUAAAGAUAUAUGUCUUGAUGCUUCUGCAAACAACUCGAACAAAAAGGAGGCCAUUAGAAUUGCUUCAGAGCAAAUAAUUGUGAAGUUAAAGGAUCAAGGCUACAUUCGCAAGUCUAACUAUUUGGAAGAAGUUUUAAGGUCUGGCCAGAAGACAGAUGCCAAAUUGAUUGGAUAUGAUGAAACUCCUAUAGAUAUUACUGCUCAUGAUCCCAUUGGUCUUCAAAACUUGAAAAUCCAGGAUCCUAGUUGCAGUGACUUCAAUCCCAAAAUUCGUUCCAUGAGUAAACUUACUAAUACCUGCUCACCCUGCUUUAUAGCUGCAAAUAUACAGCCCCCAUCUCCAUCAGUAAUGGUUGGCGGGCAGCCCAGCGCAACAGUUGCAUAUCCUACAUCUGACAUGGACAAGCCUACCUCAGAUGGAUCGCAUUAUGGAUCAGCAAAAUCACGUUUGCAUGAUAUAUGUGCUGCUAACUGUUGGAAACCUCCUUUGUUCGAAUGCUGCUAUGAAGAAGGACCAAGCCACUUGAAGUCUUUCUCUUACAAGGUGAUUGUGGAAAUAGAAGCAGCACCUGAUAUGAUUUUGGAGUGUUUUGGGGCACCUAGAGAGAAAAAGAAAGCUGCGGCCGAGCAUGCAGCAGAAGGGGCACUGUGGUACUUGCAACAUGUGGGCUACUUAACAGUGAAAUGAUAGUGGAAUCACAUUUUUGCCUGUUAAUGCUUGAAGAAAUUCUCUCAACUCAUAUGCUAAUGAUAGAUCAAUUUUUGCUAAUGAAAAUAAUGAUACAUGGGGCCUUUUGUAGUGUCGGUUUUGGCAAGGUGGGAUAAGGAGUUUAUCUGUAAAAACAUCUAAAACCUCAUUUGGUGUAUAUCCAGUCUAGGCUAUCUAUUAUAUAUAAAAGUGUAUAUAUACAAGGAUGAAUGAAUCAGAAAAUUUAUACACAGGGGCUUGUUAUCUGGAA